AUGAAAAGUAAGGUUAAGGUGAUGAAGUUUGAUGCCGAUGAGGACUCGGAUUUUGAAGAUGCUCAACCUGUGGUUAUUAGGAAAAAAAAUAUGCAUGGUACUUCAUUCAAAAAUGAAAAUGAAGAACGUGUGAAGAAAUUAAGUAAAAAUGAAGUUGUACAAAAGAGGCGAAAGAAUAAUGAAGGAAAUGUAGGGAAAGCAAGAAAAGUGCCUAAAGUUGUAGAUACUAAUGCAGAAGAACCAAGGCGAAUACAAGUACGAAUAUCACCAAAUGUAUUGUACAAUUGUAUGCAUAACCUUAGCGAGAAACAUGAAUCAUAUCUUUCUUCUAUUGGUCAGGGGCAUUUGUUAAAUAUGAAAGUGGAUGGGUGUUCAUCAAUUAUUAGGCAUUAUACGGUAAGGAAUUUUGAUGCAGAUAGAAUGGUAAUCAGGCUUCAUCAUGGUGAUAUACCAAUAAAUCGGGAGGUAAUUUAUGAAUUGUUGGGUUUGCCUUUAGGGAAUGUUGCAAUAAAGUCGAUGACAUAUAGACAGGUUACAGAUGACACGAUCACUGUUUGGAAGAAACAAUUCAAUGAUGAAGAUAAUAUUAGACCAAGGGCAGUUCAACAAGCUAUUAUGCAAACAACACAUGCAGACUUACUUUUUAAAGUAAACAUCUUUGUUUUGAUGUGUAAUACACUAGGCCAGUCAAUGACAAUGGGAACAUGUGGCCUUUCCAUGUUAUCAAAUGCUACAAAAGACCUGGAUCUAAGUGACAUCGAUUGGUGUGGAUAUGUUUUUGAUUGCCUUAAGGACAUAAGAAGUGCAUGGAAUCCAUACAACAAAAAAGGAUUCUAUGUUGGGCCAAUUAUAUUUCUUUUGAUUGUACGAGGCGGACCAACAGUAUGUUUUUGGAAUGUUGAUAAACUGCAUGAGCGACAAAGAGUUGAGUGUAGGACAACAGGUUUGGGUAUGGGUGAAUUGCCAGAACCCUUUCAAGUCAUCAAUGAAUCAGUUGCUACUUGUAAUAUAGUUCAUAAAGCAGUUCAGGCAAAUGAAGCAGGAGAAGGUGUGAAAUUAAGUGAUGGAAGCUUUAAGGGAAAUGAAGGAAAAGAAGAUUUCAGUGGAAGUGGUGACAUAGUUGAGGUAGUUUACCAUUAUAUUCACAUGUGA